GCUAAAUUGUAAACCAUGGCGUGGGUACCAGGGGAAUCUGCAGUGGAAGAGUUGAUGCCCCGUCUGUUGCCAGUGGAGCCCUGCGACUUGACAGAAGGUUUCGAUCCUUCUAUACCCCCGAGGACGCCUCAGGAAUACUUGAGGAGGGUCCAGAUUGAAGCCGCUCAAUGUCCAGAUGUUGUGGUAGCUCAAAUUGACCCAAAGAAGUUGAAGAGGAAGCAAAGUGUGAAUAUUUCUCUUUCAGGAUGUCAGCCUGCUCCUGAAGGGUAUUCCCCUACACUUCAGUGGCAGCAACAGCAAGUGGCACAAUUUUCAGCUGUUCGACAGAAUGUGAACAGACAUAGAAGCCACUGGAAAUCACAACAGCUGGAUAGUAAUGUGACCAUGCCAAAAUCUGAAGAUGAAGAAGGCUGGAAAAAAUUUUGUCUGGGUGAAAGGUUAUGUUCUGAAGGGGCUGUUGGACCAGCUAAAAACGAAAGUCCUGGAAUAGAUUAUAUACAAAUUGGUUUUCCCCCCUUGCUUAGUAUUGUUAGCAGAAUGAAUCAGGCAACAAUAGCCAGUGUCUUGGAAUAUCUGAGUAAUUGGUUUGGAGAAAGAGACUUUACUCCAGAAUUGGGAAGAUGGCUUUAUGCUUUAUUGGCUUGUCUUGAAAAACCUUUGUUACCUGAGGCUCAUUCACUGAUUCGGCAGCUUGCAAGAAGAUGCUCUGAAGUGAGACUCUUAGUGAACAGCAGAGAUGAUGAGAGGGUUCCUGCUUUGAAUUUAUUAAUCUGCUUGGUUAGCAGGUAUUUUGACCAACGUGAUUUAGCCGAUGAGCCAUCCUGAUGUAGUUGUUCUCUCAGGGAUAGAAGAUACUUGUGAUGAAGGCGGCCUGUAUGAGGAACUGCAAUGCCAGUUCAAGUACAAACUGCAUCAUAGCUUCAGCAUUAUGUAAGGGGUCUUCAUCUUAACUGUGCAACUCAAGCUGAUAUGCAGAAGAUAGAGUAUAUGGAUUUGAAUAGCUGAAGUAUCUUUGUAUAAUCCCACCUAAUUUCAGAUGAACAGUUUUGAAGUUUUUUAUAACCACAUACAAAAGUGUAUGAAGAAAUUUUACAAAUGCCCUUGGUGCUG